UUACGGAAUUUUAUGUGUGAAGGCCUUUAACGAGUCGAGCGCGACUCGGGCAACUUCGGCAGCUUUCGUGCCCCGACGCGACACCGUGUGGCGAUUGGCGGACCAUGCCGGGCGUCCAGUACUAAGGCACAUGUCCAUUGGUUAGGGACGCACGGCACAUCGUCUUAUAUUCUCAGCAAAAUUAAUUGAUCAAGUUUCAAGUAAACGAAACUGAUUAUUCCUCGACCUGUUCACACAAUCCUGCUCUAACAGGUUAUGGGCCCAGCUUACGGUUAACUGCGGUAAAAUUGUGUGAACGCGAUCCGGGGAAUCGCACGUGGCGCGGAACAAAAGCCGGCCUUUGUUCGCGAGUGCCUGUGUUCACGUGUCGGAAGCGUGCGAGUAUCGAGUCCGCAAUGUCUAUCGGAAUCUCGGUGAAGGGUGUGAAGCCUUUCGAUGGAACGAAUUUCCAGGGCUGGAAAGCUCAAGUGAACGCGUUAUUCGUCAUGAACGACGUUCUCGACAUCAUGGACGGCACGAGGGAAGAGCCACCCGCAGGAAAGGGACACGCGGCUGCGCUGAAGAAAAACGUGAAGGACGAUGCAACGGUGAAGUUCAUAAUCCUGUCCAACCACGACGAAGCUCAACAAGUGUGUGUGCUAUCGUGCAUUUCUGCGAGAGAAAUGUGGAGUAAACUGUGCCUGAUUCACGAGCAGAAGACGGCAUCAAACAAGCUGGGUCUGCUACAAAGGUUUUACGCGUGUCGGAUGAGCGAAGCCGAUACGACGGUAAAGCACGUGGCCGAGGUAAUGAACAUGGCAAGCCAGCUCAAGGACGUCGGUGAAAACGUGUCGGACGCCACAGUUAUGGCGAAGAUUCUCGCGAGUCUGACCACGAGGUUCAGCACGCUGCAGGUGGCGUGGGACAGCGUUGACCUUGCGCGACAAACUCUCGACAAGAAUCUGCAAGAAAGACUGAUCAGAGAAGACGCGAGGCUCAACAGUGACGAAGACGCUUCGGAAGCGUUGGCCGCGACGGCCAAAAAUCGACGCCUGCGAGGAGCGAGAAACACCGAGAAGAAUAAGUCUACAAAUAAAAAGGAAACGAAGGAACUGCAGUGCUACAAGUGUCAAGAGAUUGGACAUAUCGCGAGUCGGUGUCGAAACAAACGGAAACUGCGUGAGGAUGGCGAAAAAUCUCGCGACUGCGCAUUCGUAGUGGAGACGGAUAAAAGUUCGGUCGCGUCGGGUUUGAAAAGCGCCGAAAACUCUCGUGUGCUGUGGACGCAGAGUCACGUAAUGGCGGCUAUCCAAGGAGAGGUCUGGCUGAUCGACAGCGGUGUGUCGAGGCAUCUAACUUUCCGACGUGAUUGGCUUACCGACUACAAGACGGACAACGCUGGUGCUACGAUAUCACUCGGUAAUAAUCAGGGUAAUUCUUCAGUAUAGCUACCCCACCUCAAAAAUCAAUCAAAGGAAAGAGUUGUUUUUCGUUAAAAAAACGCGUCGAAUGAGACUAAUUUGGUUGAUUUUUGAGGUGGGGUAGCUAUACUGAAGAAUUACCGAGAGACUAAUAGAACUCGUGUCGGGGAAUAGAAAAUGUAGCGUUUCGAUAUUUGCGAUUUUCACACGCCAAAUUAAAGUUGCGCUGCAUCGUCACCAAUGAGACGCUAGCGAAUUAAAACUUACAAGACAUUGAUAGAUUUCUUACCGGGGAAUAGGAAACAGCGUUAGAACUACAAAAUUUUUUUAUUUUCGGGACUUGCGAAUAUUUUGCGCCAACAUUAAAGUUGCAUGCAUCGUCGUCGACUUUAGCGCUUCGUAAAGUAAGUUAUAAGGAAAAUGAAAUAAAUAAAAAUUAAGAAAUCAAAUUGUAAA